ACAACAAUGCUUUGUUCAUAGUUAAUAAGAAUAACUUUUACAUUUAAAUCGCCCUGUGUGUGAGAGAGUAGAAAUGUGUGCGUUUAUGAAUUUUUCUCUAAAAAAGUAAAUUGUUAGUCUUUUUGGAUUCAGGCAGUGCAAAGCGAAUUUUGAGAAUUUCCUCCAAAUGCGACACUUUGAAAGAAACGAAUUUGUUGUAAAUUUAAGAAGUGCAUUAUCAGAGGAGAGAUUGAAGAUGAGGACUAGUGCACUGCAUCUCAACAACAAUAUCAAUGUCCUUAAAAACCAACUUGUGUCAAGACAAUUCCUCUUGAAGCAUGGAUCCACGUCACCCUUCCAGCAUGGCGCGCUGUCAUCAUCCUCAUUGGCUGCCGACUCCAGCCAGAGUGGCUUGGAGGAGCAUUCUUUGUUGACUAAUGAUGUGAAGUUCAACCGCGUUAACUGCCUUGUGUGGUUACUGCAUGAAUCUGCUAGAAGCUUCUCUGCUGCAGUGAAGAGUCUUGGAUUGGGUGGAGCCGGCCCACCGCUCGCAAUGGCAUGGAUUGGCGUCGACGUGCAUGCGUGGCACAAGCACAUAUCAUAUCAGGUUGCAGUUUAUGCAUUGCUGAUGGCAGUAACAGAAGUGGAGUUGUUCCUCUCUCACAAUCGCAGCAGCAAUCCUUCUCCAGUUCUCAACAUCCUAUCUCCGAAGGCGAACUUUCUAGGAGAUCUCAUAGACAGUCAGCUAAACACAAGGGACCCGAAGCUAGUGCAAUGGUUCAGGAUGGUGGAGCUUCCACGAAUAUCCGGUUCUUUCAUGGCAUUGUUCAAGAAAUGGACUAUGGAGUAUGCUGGGAGUGGUGUUGCAGGAACAGCCAUGGCCAUGACGUGCUGUGCUUGUAUACAAAAGCUAGGAUCAGAGCGAAUUUCGUGUUGUUUAUUCUCAGAUUCAAUCGGGGAUGCCUUGUUCGAUCUCAUGGAUGCAACAAACAAUUUAGUACCUCUUGAUAAACUGCAUUUUCUAGCAACUGAGGCGGGAUUCGAGGAGGAUUUUCUGUCCUAUUUUGGAAGCAAGAUUCUACCUCAUAAAAAUGUUGAAGAUGUUGAGUUUUGGAUUCGUUUGGUUCAGAGAAAACUCUGUGCAGCAUUUCACAGAGAAAGUGUUGCUAGCAACACGCGCAUUCUUAGCAAUGAGGUCGGAGAAAACAGUUUGGCCACUCUCGCUCUGUUUGCUUAUCUUGGAAGAGAAACGAGGCUGUUCUUAUCAAGGCAUGGGAUUAGGGUUCUUGACAAGCAAACAAGAGACUUUGUGAGCUACUUGGAGUGCGGCAUCCUGUUCAUAUAUCCGGAGUUCUCAACCUUAUCCGAGUAUCAGCUCUUGAUGGAGGUGAUAAUCGAUGAGAUCGGAUGGCUCAACUUUUACGCGGCAUACAACAAUCAGCUGCGUCAAGAGAGAAGGAGAUCAAAGCACCCUCCCAUUCAAGCAGAGAAGGAGAUCACAUUACAUGCCGUUUUCACUGUAUGCUACGACGUGAUUUUGGGCUAUGCUCAUUGCAGCAAUUCCAAACAUCAAGCAUUAGGUGCUGAUCUGCUAAAUUUCUUGCUUAGAAGUCAAGCCUUGCUGUCUACAUGUUUGGAAGAUUACUGGGUGGCUUAUGAUGGAACAAUUGAAAUGCAGAAGAUUGUGGAGAAGAAUGAUCCUGACAUGAUGGCUUCUUCAUGGAUGAAGGGCGCGAAGAGCUCUUAUGCAGUGGAUACACGUUAUAGACCGACUGAAAUCAACAAAGUCGAGAAGCAUAUUCAAAAUCUGGCUACUAGUUCUUCUUCAUUUCAAGGUGAAAGUGAAAACUUCCUAGAUUCGGGCCAUACAUCAAAACCAAAGGCGUUUCAACGCAAUUUUCUCAGAAAGUACACACGUGAUCUUGUAGCUGCAAGCAUUGAUGUCUGGAUGGGCACGCAGCUGCUCUUCGUGGACAUCUCGUAUACCAUGAGGCUCGUGCAGAAGAAACUGCGUGGCCAAAGAGUGACGAAGAGGGAGAGGAGGAAGAUUCAAAGAACAACAUCAGACAUGUUCACACUCAUUCCAGUAGCAAUACUAAUGCUACUUCCAGUUUCUGCUGUAGGCCAUGCAGCUAUGUUUGCUGCAAUCAAGAAAUACAUGCCUAAUCUGAUCCCUUCUCCCUACUCGGAUGAACGGCUAGACUUAGUGAAGCAGCUGAAGAGAAUAAAGAAGAUGAAGGUUAGGCUGAUUGGGAUUGAAGAAUCUGCAUCUAAAGCUGUUAAACAUUAGCCUGUUGUGAAUGUAUAUUGUGAAAAUUUGAUGUGAUUAUAUUCCUAACAGAAGAUUUGCAUUUGAUAUGUGUUUGUACAGUGAAGACUAUGUAUAAUAUAGUACAUGAUCUGUAAAUAUUGGUUUGGAAAUAAUUAUGUAUGAUGUUUUCUAGCUA